AUGGCUUUUUUCCCUAAAAUCUCUUUCCAAUGUGAAGUUGAAGAGUAUCUUACCAAAAUGUUCAGAAAUAAUGAGCUUAUUGCUGCUUUAGGUACCCAGGAGGCAGAGAGUAAAUAUCAGUCUCUGUUAAGUCACCUAUCUCAUCCACCAGGUUUCACAACUGUUAGAGUUAACACCCACUUGGCCUCAGUGAAACAGGUGAAAAAAUUGCUGUUUGAAGAGAUCCAGAAGCAAUUUAAAGGACUACGCGUUCCAGUUCUUGAGCACCCGAAACUCCAGGACAUCUUAUUAAUUCCUGUCAUUGGACCCAGGCAAGAUUUAAAAAAGCAUGCAUCUGAAGUCAUUGUUGGAGCCCACUGUGGAUAUGCAGUACUUCGAGGAGCACAUGUUUAUGUCCCUGGAAUUAUAUCUACCUCAAGAUUUAUGAAAGCUGGAGAUUUGGUCUCGGUGUAUUCAGAUAUUGAAGGGAAAUGUAAAAGAGGAGCCAAAGAAUUUGAAGGAGUCAAAGUUUUCCUUGGAAAUGGGAUUUCAGAACUGAGUCGAAGUGAAAUCUUUAGCUCAAGUGGCCCAUUGAAUGGCAUGGGCAUAAGAAUGAUAGAGCCAGUCUACCUUAGUCCUUCGUUUGACAAUGUGCUCCCUAGUAAUUUGUUUUUACAGAACUUGCCAUCUGUGGUUGUGAGCCAUAUUUUAAACCCUCAACCAGGAGAGAGAAUUUUGGAUAUGUGUGCUGCACCUGGAGGAAAAACAACCCACCUUGCAACAUUAAUGCAUGACCAGGGUGAAGUAACAGCCAUGGACAAGAUAGUUAACAAGGUCAAAAAAAUUAAGCAGAACGCUGAAUUGCUACAGUUGAAUUGCAUUAAGGCCUUUUGCUAUGAUGGAACAAAGGCACUUUCAGUUGAGAAGAGAGAGGACGAACAAG